UGCCGUCAAAGCCCUUCCAACUGCCCACUCAACUUUCUCUCAUUCAUUUUCCCACCAGACAAACAGUCAGUCUCCCAACUGCCAGGCUCUCCAUAUCCAAUCAACCUUCCAACUAGCUAGCUACCUUAUACUCGUCUCUUCCAGUCAUGAAGAAGCCAGGCUUUUUAGCGGCCUCAGUCGCCGCCGCUUCGGCCACUGCUCUCUCCGUCUCCGCCACUCCUUCUUCUUCUUCAAGCUUUGUGUCUGAUUCAACCAUGCGAUUUUCUCACCAGGAGACUGGGUGCAAGAGAAAUCAAGAAAAAUCGUCGGCUUCGACCGAGAAAUUUGCGCCCAAGUUCGAUGGGUUGAGAUUUAUUGAAACGCUGGUUACUGCUCAUAGAUAAGAUUAGGCGGCCUCUAUCUUCUAUCUGUUGUAAUCUAAAUAUUUUUGUCUCCUUUGAUGAUUUGAUCCAAUCUUCCAUCUCGAGGAAACAACUUCAAGAUUGGAUUUCGAUCCUUUUGGUAAUGGGAUGAAGUUAGUACUAAGAACUACUACUUACAUGGUACAUGAAAAAUAUUACGUUGCGUGUCAAUAAUACAUUAGAUGAGAAUAAAUUUAUUUUGUAUUAUUGACAUAAAACGCUAAGAUGAUAAUGGGUUUAUGCCAAAUAAAUCCUCUUAGAAUUAAAAGAAUUGUAACUGUACAUUUUCGGGCUGCCCUUAUAUAUUUACGUGGAAAUUAAUAUAA